AUGGUGGCAAAUUCCACGCCAAAGACUCAAGUCGGCGAAGUACGAUCGGCGAAACGGUGCUGGAACUGCCGUGACCGCAAAAUUGCAUGUGACCGCGCCCUGCCCGGCUGUGCCAAGUGCAAACAACGCGGCAAGUCUUGCGAAGGCUACGGCCUGCGGCUGUCGUGGCCCAAAGACAACGAUCCACGGCGAUCCAUCAGCGGCAAUGCACACUACAUCCAGCGGCCCAGAACGACUGGCUACGAGUUUGUCGAUGCCUCCAAACAAGACAUCGACCUGUAUCUGGGAGAUUUGACGACGCGUCUCGACAGCCGAGACCCGUUUCCGGCCAGCUACUAUGCCAUGCACCUCGCACGACCACACAUGACGACGCUGACGCCGACACCACUCGCCCCCGCCUCCAUGGGCUUCCUGGACCCGUCGCUGGCUACCAUAGGCCACAGUCUGCUGCCGGGCGUGUUCUCGGGCGCGGCCGACCAGUUCGACGACCUGUACAGCUUGCUGGUGCGCAUGUCCCUGACAGAUGACGGGCCGCCUGCUUUGGCCACACGGCACGCGCUCUCGGCGCUCUCAUACCAAACGCUCGGCCAGAAGGAGUACGCCUACGCACAUCAGGCCACGGCCAUCCGCGCGCUGCAGGUCGCCAUCGACGGGGCCGUGCCAGGCACCGACACCGUGGACGGCAGCAGCAGCAGCGGCAGCAUCGGCGGCCACACAAACAGCCCCAUGCAGCCUUCGCAGUACUUCCAGGCCAUGGCCGCCAGCAUGCUGCUCAACUACUACGAGAUCUUGGACGACACGUCGAACGCCGCGGCCACGUCGUCGGUGUACUUUUGCGGGUGCAAGCGGCUGGCGAUGACGAUGCACCGCGAGCACAGCACCUACCAGGGCGACCUGGCCUUGAUCCUCGACUGGGUCUUUUACCACGACGCCAUGUACAAGUUCAGCAUCCACCACUGGGAGAAGCGCACGGCCGCGCAGGUCAUGAUCAAGGACGGGCCCCGGAUCCUGUCCAAGCCCGUCUUCUCGCCCCUGCGCCACGUCGUCAACCCGUCGCUCGGCUGCUCGCUCGAGCUGCUCGAGAUCCUGUGCCAGAUUGUCGACGCCGUCCUCGACCCCGCCACCCCCGGCUACCACAGCCCCGAGCACCUGCGCGCCCUCCGCCAGGCCGAGAUUCGACUCGACAGCGUCGUCCAGCACGUGUCCACCGUGUCCCUGAUCGACCCCCUCGACGCCGACAUCACGCCCCCGUUUCUGCGCGAGCCCCCCCAGUACCAAGAGACCGAGUCCCGCCUCUACGCCGUCUGCGUCAAACUGUACCUGCAGCGUCUCGGCCGCGGCGUCGACAAGCGCGCCGACGUCGUCCAGGAUUUGCUCGCGGAAGGCUAUGCGCUCCUCGCACAACUCGGCCACUGCAAGCGCCCCUGGCUCCUCUUCGUCUUGGGCGUCGAGGCCCGCGACGAGGACGAGCGCCGCGCCAUCCUCGCCAGCAUCGAAGCAGCCAGCGCCCACUUGGGGGGCCUCCCACCGCCGCAGAACCUGGUGCAUGUCCGCCGGCUUGUGCAGGCCGCUUGGACGCACCAGGACCUGCACGCCGCCGAGGCCAGCCCGGGUAGCCCGGGGAGCCCGGGCGCGGCAGGCAGUAUGUUGAGGGUGUACAACACGAUUAUCAGUGCGAAUGCCGCGCCGCCGUUGUUUGUGUAG